UCACUCUUUAUCCCUUGGGGAUCCUCGGACCACCUUAACGACCCUGCAACCUCUAUAUAUCUUUUACGAUAAUCCACACAUAAACACAUAUCAAAAUGCGUUUCUCCACAGCUGGUGUUCUCUCCGCCAUCAUGGCCGUUGCUACUGCCUGGACUACCCCCGACUACUCUCAGGCUCCUACUGGCAAUGCCAUCAUCAAGCCCGGCCUCAAUGAGCUCGUCACCGCUGGCGAGGCCUACACCAUCACCUGGACCCCCACCACCGAGGGCAGCAUCUCCCUUGUCCUCCUCCGUGGCCCCAGCACCAACGUCGUCCCUCUGUACGCCAUCGCUGAGAACAUCGGCAACAGCGGAGAGUACGUCUGGACCCCCAGCACCGAGCUCGAGGACGACGUCACCCACUACGGUAUCCUCCUCGUUGUCGAGACCGGCCCCAACAAGGGUGCCUACCAGUACUCUACCCAGUUCGGCGUCUCCAACCCCCACCAGGGCGAGGGCGAGACCUCCACCUCCACUACCACCGCUGAGCCUACCGAGACCGGUGUUAUCCCCACUGGCACUCCUACCACUCCUCCUCACGGCACUGUCACCCUGACCAGCACCAUCACCACCACGACCUGCCCUGAGGGAGCUCCUACUGCCACCAUCCCUACCAUCCCCACCCUCGUCCCCAGCUCGUCCGUCCCUGUCUGGACCCCUACCUUCACCCCUGCGCCUCCUCAGUUCACUGGUGCUGCUGGCCGCAACGCCAUCAGCCUCGGUGCCGUCGCUGCCGGUGUCGCUGCCGUUCUUGCUUUCUAA